UCAGACACCAGUAAUUCCUGCGUCACGAGGCUGCUGAGAUGGAUGUACAUAGUGCCAGACUCUGAUACACAGCAAAGGUUCCACCACUUUGUCAAUCUUAUAGAAAACAAGUAAACACAGUCAGGCUGAGGAACCAAAUGGAACAGAGGGCUCAGUAGUUACAAGUUCUGACACCUGCAGGUCCAAACACCUCAAAACAUUGGAAUUUGAUAACAAACCAUAUAACUGUAUGGAUGCUUGACUAGAAGAGAUCUCUAUAUUUGCAUAUAUUACAGGUUAAACAAGUUGGUUAGCUUACUCCGGAGGUGUUUGGCCUCAUCACUCUCUUCAAACAUAAGAUCUUCGACUUUGGUUUUACGCUGCAGCCCACUCGCUCGCUCUUCAAAAUAAGCUUUAUGAUGGCACUACCUUCUGAAACAUCCCCUACCUCCACCUGGCCUCUACCUCCUUCACAGUACAUCAACCAGUACACUGAUGAAAUAAUACGAAGGGGUAGGGCUCCAAAGCCACCCUUGCCUAUCCAUAAUGAUUACACAAUGUUUGGUGUUCCUUUUAAUGCUGAUGAUGUAAUCAUUAGGCCUCUUGAGUCUCAGUCCAUCCGUCGCCUUUAUCCUCAAAACUUCGACCAUCGAAGAGAAUUAAAAAAACUCAAUCACUCAAUUCUGGUGAAUUUCCUAGACCUCUUGGACAUUCUCAUCAAGUGUCCAGACUCUACAAAGCGUACAGACAAGAUUGAGGAUAUCAACAUUCUCUUUAUCAAUAUGCACCACCUAAUAAAUGAAUUCCGACCCCACCAAGCACGAGAAACUGUAAGAGUCAUGCUGGAAAUGCAGAAGCGACAGAGACAUCAGGUUGCAGAACGAUUAGAGCGGCAAGAAGAUGAAUUCAGUAGACUUGUUAGGGAAGCUCUUGCCUCAUUGCCUGACAAUCUUGACUCUGAUUCAAAACUACUUGUGCCUUCCCCUGAGGAGCUCCAGCUGAGGCCAAAGAAUGAUGCAAGCAACAGUGCUGAAGAUAAGUGUUCCAGUCUAGAUAGACUUAUGUGCAAUAUUGUGGAUGCAUUAUAGAGGUAAUGAUAUUUUAUAUACAGAAACAGUGAUGUAAUAUAUCAAUAUAUAUAUUGCUAUGUUAUGAUAUUACUGAUUUCCCAUAAUUGCAUUAUGGCAAAUUCGUCCUUUUUGGGAAAAUUAAUUUUCUGAAGAUGUGUAUUUGUUCAUAAUGUUUAUGACUCAUAAGUGCAUUUUGUAACUUUGUAUGAUUGUAUAGGUAAGUAAUAAUAGUACCAAUAAUGAAAUGACAUCCAGAAA